UUUUUUUCUUUCUUCUCCAUCCUUCCAUAACACACCACCUUCCAUCACUUACACUACCCUGCUCUUUCGUUCUCCCCUCCCCUCCCCUUCCAAACAUUACAUCUCUCCACGCCUCUGCACUGCCUCUCCCUCCUUCCCUCCUUCCCUCCUGCUUCUCCUUCUCCUCUCCCGUCUUUCCUGAUCUGGAGGACAGCAGGAUGGAGGACAGGGUGUGGACUGUGUGCCUCCUUGUCAGUUUGACGCUGGGAUGGACUGAUGCUCAGAGUAACGCCACUAACUUAAGGCCAGUCUUCACCUGUGGAGGCCACCUGGUCACAGAUUCGGGCAUCGUGGCCAGCGAAGGUUUCCCCAGUUUCUACAAACCCAACAGUAAAUGCACCUGGUACAUCACUGUCCCUGAGGGUCACGUGGUCAUGCUGUCGUUCCGCCUCUUCGACAUGGAGGCCGACCCCACGUGUCGCUACGACUACCUGGACGUCUACAACGGUCACUCCCGCCUUGUGCAGAAGCUGGGCCGUUUCUGUGGGACGUUCAGGCCCGGUGCCCUCAUCUCCACCUCCAACACCAUGAUGCUGGAGAUGGUGUCAGACGACGCCACCGGAGGAAGAGGUUUCCUGGCAUCCUUCAAUGCAGGGAAGCCACACAUGGAAGAGAAUCAGUUUUGUGGAGGACGGCUGACCAAAGCGCAGGGCUCGGUCAAGACGCCCAACUGGCCCAACUCUAAUUACCCAGCAGGUAUCAGCUGCUCCUGGCACAUCUCCGUAGAGCCGAGCAAUGUGAUCGAGGUGAAGUUUGAGAAGCUGGAUUUGGAGGCCGAUACUUACUGUCGUUAUGACUAUGUGGCGUUGUUUAACGGGGGGGAGACCGACGACUCCAGGAGGAUCGGGAAGUUCUGCGGAGAUACAGUACCAGGGGCCAUAGUGACAAAUGGCAACGAGCUGCUUGUCCAGUUCGUGUCUGACCUCAGCGUGACCUCAGAUGGAUUCAUGGCCCACUAUUCCAGUGUGCCCCGUGGGUCCCGAAGACCCUCUGCUGGGGGGGAUUUCAUCUUCAGACCCCAGACUACCUCCGUGCCACAAAAACCAACCAUGAGGCCAAACAAGCCUACCAAACCAACCCCUAAGGCAAAUCCCAAACCAACUCUGAAACCAACUCCCAAACCAACUCUGAGACCAACUCUGAAACCAACUCCCAAACCAACUCUGAGACCAACUGAACCAACUCCCAAACCAACUCUGAGACCAACUCUUAAACCUACUUCGAAACCAACUCCGAAACCAAGGCCUGGUCUUGUGGUUAAAUCCACCCCAAAACCAAGCAAAAGGCCAGCAGGGAGGACACCCCUGGUUAAAAAACCACCACUCCGCAAGCCUACUGCCAAGCCUGCAGUGAAGCCAACACCUAAACCCAAACCAGCUAAACCCACACCGAAGCUACCUGUGAAAAAGCCGACAACUAAACCUGGAGUUAGGCCUACACAGAAACCUAAGAUCGUUAAGCCAACGGUCAAGCCAACCAUUAAAGCUAAGCCCACACAGAAACCUGCACUGAAGCCCACUGUAAAACCCAGUGUCAAACCAGUGAAGCCAACCCCUAAGAGUAGAGCUAAACCAACAACCAAACCUAAGAUGAAGCUGAAACCAUCACCUAGACCAGGACUAAGCAAGACUGUGACGAGGAAGCCUGCAGUGAGCAAGAAACCUAUACCACUGAACCCACUGUGUACACAAGCCUGUAAGAGGACAGGAACCCUCCAGUCCAACUUCUGCCCUCAUGACUUUGUAAUUACAGGUAAGGUUACACUUUUGGCCCCUGGCCCAGGGGGUUCUGCAACAGUCGAGGUGUCCCUGAUCAAGGCCUACAAGACAGGACGCCUCAACAUCACCAAAUCAGGACCCGUCAUGUCGGUCACAUUGACCUCCACCUGCAAGAGAUGUCCUGGGCUAAUCAAAGGCCUGAACUACGUGCUGAUGGGAAAAGUGGAUGAACAGGGCAACGGCCACCUCACCCCCUCCAGCUUCACCCUCCUCUACAAGCCCAUUCACGCCAAAGCACUGGCCGUCCUCGCUCGCAAAUCGUGCUGACGCAUAUUCAGAGCCAUGACUCUACAAUAAGUUCACUUUUACAUAGAAGUUGAAAAUAUUGUCAGCAAUAACCAGCGAGGGUUUUUACAUGAUAAAAUAUUGUUGUGAAAAUCAGUAACAUUUUAAACAUGAAUUAUUACUUUUUGUAUUUUUUAUGUAAAUUAUAUUAUAUAUUAAUGAUAUAAUAUUUCUGUGUUAAAAGGUGCAUAAUAAACACAGUGGUUGGAUUCA